ACUCUAGGCAAUAUGUCAAAUAACAAUAUAAAUAGCACAGAACUAAUCGGAAAAAGAACAAAAUAUAGAUCUUUUCGAACAAAAAUACGCAAAUCUUUUGCAUGAAUAUCUUUCACAUGAAUAUCAAGCGUAGCAAAAGGAAUUUCACGCGCGCGUCCCGAUCGAGCAGAGCAAAUCUCCGCCUCUCGUCGCGCACUAUUGGUCCAGCAGUCUCGCCAAUCGCAGCUUCCUAGAAGGACUACUCUACUCGAAGGGAGGAAGUGCACGCAUUAUGCACACGUGCGCACGUGCGUGCGUAUAACGCAUUGUUGAAUAUGUGUAUAAAACGUUGCUCGAGCAAGAAGAGCAAAGAACAUGGCUUAAUGCGGAUUCGUUUUCCUAUGUCGUCUCGAGAGAUUAACUCUUCAUUCAUUUUGCAGAUAGUGAUGUCGACCCGACGAGAGAUACGAAGCGAGGAUGAAUCUUCCUGGCGACGCAGAGCGUACGAGCAUCAUCGUUCUCGAGUGAAGACGGCCAGGCCAGCAGUGGAUGUACACCCUCCACAGGGCAGACCUCACGUGUUAUUCAAUGCGAAGAGGUCGCAGCUGGAGCGCGAACGGCAGACGCGAAUUCUCAGGGAUAAUUUCAUCCUGCUGAAGAAGCUCCGAGAAAUCAUGCACCGGAAGCAACGGAUUGCGGAGGACACCCAGCGGGUCCGGUGGCAGGAAUCUAGAUGCGUGAGGACUCGUUAGAAGGAUCUGACAUUGAUGGGAUAUCUUCGCGAUUUUACAGCACUCGUGUGAUUUAUAUUCGUAUAUUAAACUGAAACUUUCUCCGGUAAUUCAUGCGUAAAAAAUGGAAAACUAUCAUAUAACAUAACACAUAGCAUAAAAUAUACUUGUCUGUGUUUUAUUUAA